AGACAAUACAAAGCAGACCCAUCAUCACCGUCGCCAUGAACCCAACACCCCUAUACUCCUACGCCUCAGAUCCGGCUUGGGCCGACCUCCUCCCCCUCCCGCAGGACGACGGCCAGUACCCACUUGCACAAAUCGCCUACACGGAAGAGUACACCGAGGCAAUGUCCUACCUCCGCGCCAUCAUGGCCAAAAACGAGCACUCCCCGCGCGUGCUACAGGUCACAGCGCACAUCAUUGAAAUGAACCCAGCGCACUACACCAUUUGGGUAUACCGCGCCAAGACGCUGUUCGCUUUAUCCGCCACGGGCGAGGUGCAGUUAGGGCGCGAGCUAGAGUUUUUGAAUGAUCUGGCCCUGCGGCACCAGAAGAAUUACCAGAUUUGGAACCACAGGCAGACCGUUGUCGAAGCUAUUGCCGCUGCCGCUGCUCCGGCCGAGCAGGAGCAGCUAGUGAGGGAGGAGAAGGAGUUCAUGAACAGAAUGUUCGAGCAGGACGGGAAGAAUUAUCACGUCUGGAGUUAUCGCCAGUGGCUAGUUCGUCGCUUCGAAGCUUGGGAUGGGGAAUUGAGCUUUGUGUCCGCUCUGUUGGAGAGGGAUGUCAGGAAUAAUUCGGCUUGGAAUCAUAGGUUUUUUGUGGUAUUUGGGGGAGGGGGGAUGGACGCGCGGCAGCAGGGGGAAGGGGAGGUGGUAGAGGAGGUGGUAGAGAGGGAGAUCGCCUUCAUAGAGGAUGCGGUAUUUAUCGCGCCGCAGAAUGCUAGUGCUUGGAAUUAUCUUCGUGGUGUCCUCAAAAAGGUCCACCGGCCGCUAUCAUCCGUCGAGAGCAUGUGCUUGGGAUACGCACCCCUCGAUAACCCGGAUAAAAUCACCUCCUCACACGCACUUGACUUGCUGGCCGAUAUUUAUGCCGAGAAGCGGGAGGAGCAUGGAAAAGCGGUCAAGGCUCUCGAGUUGCUGGCUGCUAAGUUUGACCCUAUCAGAGCGAAUUACUGGAAUUAUAGAGUGGGGCUUGUCAAGGCUUCGGUCUGAAGGGAGAGAAGGAGAGGAAAAAGAGGGAGAAAAGGGGUUGGUUGAUUAUGGUUCUACUACUGGGGUUCUUUUGAUUGUGCUUGAGUUUUUC